AGCUGGACGUCGCAGUGCUCGGUCAGUAGUUAGUUGUUAGAGCUGAGAGGAGCGGACGGUCCUGGAGCUGCGUCCUCCGGUGAAACCGCGUUUCAACACUUUUCAAAAGCAGCUUUAUAUUAACAGCUGACUGAAGAACCGACGGCGGAAGUGUUUCACGUUAACGGGACGAGGCGGGAAAAUAAGAAUUUGGUGUUUUUGGUCGCUGCCAGCAGCUUUUUCUCUCCAGCGGACGGACCGAGACGUUUCCUCCCUCAGGUUGAUCCUGAUUGGAUGAAAGAGUCUGAGGUCAGAGGUCACAGGCUGUAAAGGAACCUGAGGUGUUGGCGUCCUCGGAGCAGUGAGGACUUAUGGACGGUGUGUUCACGUCCAGAGGGGGUGGAGCCAGACGUCAGACUGUUUGUUUGUGUUUCCUGUCUGGGCGGAGUCACAGUGAACAUCUGAGAGAUGUGAAGCUGAAGGAUCAGAGGAGCUGUCACUCAAGCCAGGAGCACACCCCCACCCCCAGCCAGUCAGCACGCAGUCUGGAGGACCAUCAUGCACCUGAAGUCCUAUCCAAAGCUUGUGCGUUCAGAGUUGCGUUUGGAUGCGGUGGGAGUUCAGCAGAGCAGCCUGUAUGUGAGCCAGCAGGGGGCUCUGGUGAGGACCUGCAGCAGUAACCAUGGCAACAUCAACAGCAGCCGCCUCCCGUUCAGCGUCAUCUCCACCAACACACUCUGCUGCAGCAAUACAACGAACAACAAUAACAACAUCAGCAGCAGCGUGGCUUCGCUCUGGGUGAAGGCGUCGUCCAGCGCCGCACUGCAGCUCCUCCCUCCGGGUCACGAGAAUGACACACUCAGACUGUACCAGACUGCCACAGAGGACGCUGACGCCCCGCUGGACAUAUGGACAGUCAUCAAGCCUGGACAUGUCCGCGAGAAGAUCGCCAUAUUCGCUUCAGAUGGGGGGCGGACCGACGGCACCGGGGACAGUGAACGCACCUCAACCAGCAGCUCUGGCAGUCGAGACAGGAUGCCGGGGAUCUGUACGAACCAUGGCACCAUGUCGGGGCUGUUACGGGCGGUGAAGGCGAAGGGGAGCUGGGGGGAAAACAGCAGCGCCAAACGGCGCCGCAGGUCAGGAAGCAACCAAAAUCUCCAGCAGGACCAGAGGACCCAAGUCCCAGAUGCACAGCAACAUGCCCACAAGCUCUGUCCACGGCAACCAGAUGCAAAUCAGCUGUCGGGCAACGGACGGUGUGGCAGUGAGGCGGAGGAGGAGCAGAAGGUGUCGGUAGUGGAGAUGGUGGCGUUCCUGGAGCAGAGAGUCAGCGAGCAGCAGCCUGACUCCAAACCACUGCUCGCCCUCCAGAGGAGCUCCACCACCAUCACGCUGUCCAGAGCUCCGCCCCCUGAGGUCAGGGAGGGCUCAGAGAUCAGGGGGGAGGAGCCAGAGAGCAUCAAGGUGUCAGACAUGGUGGCAAAGCUGGAGUCAGAGUGUCUGAGGAGGAAGACGGAGGGAGAUCUGUCGAGGAGCAACAGUCUGAGGAGGUCGGUGGGACGAGUCCUGCUCGCCACCACGGACCAGGGCUCCGCCUCCUGCCAGCCUUCAUCACCAUCAUCAUCAACACUGCCGGGAGCUCAGAGUGCGAGCAGGGAGCAAACACCUGCCUCACCUGUCCUAACCACGCCCCCUUCACAUGAAGCUGCAGUUCAGCAGGCUGAGUGGGGCGGAGCUCUGGAGACCAAGAACACUGUCAGAAAGACUCAGACACAGUCUCCGCCCUCUCAUUCUCAGGAGGCGGAGCCUCUGCCUGGCCUGUUGUUUUUGUCUCUGCCUCCUGCUCUCUCAGAGACACUUCCGCACACAGACUCAGAGCCCUGCCCCCCUCGCCACAGAAUGACCUUUCACCUGGAGCCUGCCCCGCCUCAGCCCCGCCCCACUCGUUCUCGCUCCUACUCUGUUAGCCAAUCAGAGAAGAAGAAGAGGAGGAGGGCUGACACAGGUCAGGAGGCGGAGCUUGCGGUUGUGCCUGUGGGCCGUCGUUCGUCGGUGUCGCAGGACUUUCUGGAGAUGCGUCAGCGGCUUCAGCAGCUGCUCGAGCCGCAGCCGUACCUCGCCGUGCUGCCGCAUCACCUGCUGGUCAAGAUCUUCCUGCUGCUGCCCACACAGAGCCUCGCCGCCCUCAAGUGCAGCUGCCACUACUUCAAGUUCAUCAUCGACACGUACGGCGUUCGGCCCGCUGACUCACUGUGGGUGUCUGACCCCCGAUACUGUGACGACCCAUGCAAACAGUGCAAGAAGCGGUAUGGUCGCGGCGAUGUGUCGCUUUGCCGCUGGCACCACAAGCCGUACUGCCAGGCGCUGCCGUACGGCCCAGGGUACUGGAUGUGUUGCCACGGCGCCCACAGGGAAGCGCCCGGCUGUAAUGUGGGUCUCCACGACAACCGCUGGGUGCCGGCGUUCCACAGCAUUAACGUGCCGAUCUACAGGAGGAGUCGCCAUGACAACUGAGACACAGACAUCAGCUGCUCCCAUGAUGCAGCAGCAGGUCAAAAAUCAUUAAAGAGGAAUGCGACCAGAAAACGAGUUUAAUUUAAAGAAGCAGAAGAAGAAAGAUGAAUGCUGUGUAAACGUGAUGACCUGUGUUGCUUCAGGCCUCUCUCAGCUCUGUGGCGCCCCCUGCUGCCCACACGCCUCCUCGCAGCCGCCGUCACAGCGAACACCGCUUGUUAAUUGUCUGCUGUUGGUGACGAGCAGCUGGAGGAAGUGUCCCGACCAGGACUCUUCUUCUUCUGACUCCAUUUUGAAUCAUCUGCUCCUCAUUAGUUUCCAUCUCAGCUCGUCAGACUUCACUGCUGAAUCAAUCGAUCACUCAAUCGAUUUGUCAAUCAUCAGAAAUUAAUUAGGCGAUUUAAAUUCAUAUUUGUUUUGUUUAUGGACAUUUUCUGGACUCAUCAGUGAAUCAGAAACUUCACCAACCGUUAAUCAAUGAUGACAGUAACCGUUCUGUUCACCUGUGAUGGGGCGGAGCAUCAGAGGGUGCCACCUGUGGAGCGAGAGUGAAUCUACAGCCGAUGAACUUUCUCUGCACCUUGUUUGUGUUUACAUUUGUACAUAAGUCAUAAAGAGUAUAUGAGCUGUUUGUCCAAUCAGCCGCUGAGCGAUAAUCACCGUCAACACUUCGUGUAAAUGAAAAGAGGAAACGUGGCCUUGAAUCUCGGAGAUGAUGCAAUAUUAAAAAACUGACUGUGGAGGGAAAAAACUAUAUCGGGGAGAAAAAAAUAAAAAUGGCCUUUGACCUUCAGAGAUUUGUUUUUUUUAAGGUUUGUUGGUUUUCUGUCUGCCGGCUGUUUCUGUUCAACAUGUUAUGCUUUAAUAAAGUGCUUUCUCAUUGGUUCUCAUUUGGGUUAAAAA